AAAUUAUUAAAAAUUCGGAAAAUAGUUGAAAGUCAAGAAAAACCCGACAGAAAGGAUGUUAAAGCGACCGGGGCCCCUGAGUCCAGGCGGUGUUGAGCACAUAAAACUGGACACAAUAAUUGCAUCAGUACUAGUUGGGCGCUGUGCCUCUGUCCAUGUAGCUGGUCAGCAUUAGAGUGCCAUGGCCACAGGAACCCAGGGCCACCGAGACCACAUCCUGGAGAGAACCAAGCUCCUGCCGCCCACGGGGAGGCGCAGGAGAGCCGAGGGGAGGCCCAAGAAGAAUUUCCCUUGCCAGGAGUGUCAGAAAGCUUUCAACAGCCUGGAGAAGUUGAAGGUGCACUCCUACUCUCACACAGGAGAGAGACCCUACCGCUGCUCCCAUCCCGACUGCUCCAAGGCUUUCGUCUCCAAAUACAAGCUGCUACGGCAUAUGGCAACUCACUCGCCGGAAAAAAACCACAAGUGUUCAUACUGUGAGAAAAUGUUCCACCGCAAGGAUCACUUAAAGAAUCACCUACACACUCACGACCCCUACAAAGAGGCGUUCACCUGCCAGGAGUGCGGGAAGAGCUACAACACCAAGCUGGGCUUCAAACGCCACCUCGCCCUGCACGCCGCCAACAACGGAGACCUCACCUGCCAAGUGUGCCUGCAACCGUUCCCCAACACCGAGGUUCUCCUGGAACACCUCAAAACACACGCUGGCAAGUCCUCCGGUGGAACCAAAGAGAAAAAGCACCGCUGCGAGCACUGCGAGCGGCGAUUCUACACCCGUAAAGAUGUGCGGCGCCACAUGGUGGUGCACACUGGACGCAAGGACUUCCUCUGUCAGUACUGCGCCCAGCGCUUCGGCAGGAAGGACCACCUGACGCGUCACGUGAAGAAGAGCCACACCAGGGAGCUGCUGAGGGUCAAAACUGAACCGGCGGACUCGCUGGAUCCCGUCGUCUACGACUUGGCGUCCGGUGGGAUCAAGGGGGAGCUCCCGGGGAUGCUGUCGCCACGGCAACACCAGCUCAACAUGUACACAGGCCCCGUCCUGGACACGGAGCCCUUCCCCACGCCCACACACCCUUUUUCUUUCAAGUACCCACUGGGCUCCAACUUUACCUCAUACGCCGUUUCCUCGCAGGAACGGGAGCAGAACCUAAAGGGAGAACUGGAGACGUACCUGAUGGAGCUGCAGAGCACCAUGCCCUCCUCGUCCUCUGCAGCCCAAGACCCCCAACUCUCAUCCUCCAAACUGGAGUUGGAGCCUCAAGUGGGUGUGCUGGUGGAGGAGGCGAGCGAGGGGAUGUCCUUGUCCAAAAUGUCCACUCCGAUGGCGUCAGCGGCAACCACAGCAGGUGACUCUCUGGCCUCGUCCUCCUCACUGAUGGACUUCUCGCAACUUUUCAACUUCCUGCCAAUCAACGGGCCUUCGUACAACCAGGCGGGGGGCAGCAGGGGGCCGGGCGGCGUCGCCUAUCCACCCAACGAAGAGCCCACGCCUCUCGUCCAGCUGCCCCCCCAGCCUCCCGAAGGGGCCGCGGAGAGUCCGCUUCAAAGGCUGCCCCCCUCCUUUAUAUCCAACCUGAGCACCCCCACCACACUGCCCCGCUUCCACCAAGCUUUUCAGUGACCCAGUAUGUACUGAAACACACACAUACUCACACACACGUCAACUUCCUUAGUAGACACCUGUAGAACCUGAUAAUGUAAUAAAUUCCUGAUAAUGUAAUAACCCCGAUAAUGUAAUAAAAAUCUGCACUUGAGUCCAUUGAAAAUGUAAUAAAACCUGAUAAUGUAAUAACUUCCCGAUAAUGUAAUAAAGUGCAUUUCCCAAUAA